AUGGAAGAAAUCAAUAAUUAUAGACAACUUCCUUCAGUGAGAAGUGCGAAACUGAUCAAUGUCAGAGACAAAAUCAUCACAGAUUUUGUGAGCUGUAAUCCGGAUCUCACAAAACUGUCCCUUGUUGGAGAUCAGAAUAUUUAUUUCACGAAAAUGGGUCUCAUCAAUAUCAGAAAUGUCGAGUUCAUUGUCACUAAGCGAAGUUUCACUCAAUACUUAAAGUACUUCAGAUCAACAAAUGCAGUGUUUUUUUCUUCAACCAGCCGAAUUGAAGUCGCCCUUUUCAUUAGGGACUGGUUUAAUAAUGUGUACUCUGAGAACUUGAGAUUUGUUCGUAUUCUCCAAACGCGUACAUACGAGAGAUUUCCUAAUAAUCUUUUAUAUGGAUAUGAAAUGAAGGAAUGGGAUCAGUCGAGAAUGCCAAAGAAGUUUCCAUUCAGUAAAUAG